AAAAAUACAUUUUAUUAUCAUCAAAUAUUUACUAUGCAUCAUGGUCUUUGUGGCACCAUUAGGUAUUAAGUGUAUUAGGGCCUUUAGGCCUUUGUUUUAGGAAAAAUAAAAAAACAAAAGGACUCCCAACUUUCCUUGGGAUGACAUUGGGGAGGAGCCAGAUAUGUGAACAAACAUAAAAGCAACAUUUUAAAAUAAUUCUGACAUUAUUUUGAGUCAUCCAGUCAAUUCAAUAUAGGAUUCUGAGACAUGUUUAUGGUCGAUACUUGUUGAUCACUCUUGGUUCCCUCCCCCACCCCCCUCCUACAACCUUCCUUUUAUGAUACUUUCCAGGGUCCCCAAACUCAAACCAAACUAGGCACAGCUGACCUGGAGCAAGGCCCCUUGCCUGCUGAUCUGUCAGGCAUCCAGACAGGCGAGGCUAUGGGAGCCCCCGGUCCGAGGCUGCCUCGGAAGGCUCCUGUUAUCCUCUAAGAGAGUCAAAUGCACCUUUCAAAGGCCCAGACACGGUAAAGAUUGGAUGGCAUUUUUGGCCGGGCGCGGUGGCUGACACCUGUAAUCCCAGCACUUUGGGAGGCCGAGGCGGGCGGAUCACGAGGUCAGGAGAUCGAGACCAUCCUGGCUAACACAGUGAAACCCUGUCUCUACUAAACAUAGAAAAAUUAGCCAGGCGUGGUGGCGGUCGUCUGUCGUCCCAGCUACUAGGGAGGCUGAGGCAGGAGAAUGGUGUGAACCCGGGAGGCGGAGCUUACAGUGAGCCGAGAUCGCGCCACUGCACUCCAGCCUGGGUGACAGAGUGAGAUUCCGUCUCAAAAAAAAAAAAAAAAAAAAAAAAAAAAAAAAAUUGAAGAUUGGAUGGCAUUUUUAAGGGGAAAAGUAAACCAUGUGUAGCAUGUCGUAGCAUUGGGAAAUAAAGGUUUCGGGACCGUUGCAGCCGAAGAAACUUUGUCGGACAGGGCGUUUCUGGAUAGAACGCGGGUAGGGGAAAAAUGGGGACCCUUUGAUUCGGUUCAAACACGUUUUCAUUGCUCUGGACGCCAAAUGGAAACACGGCCAAAAUUUAGUUAAAGGACCUCUCUUGCCUGAAGAUUUUCGGCCGGCGAUCUCACGGGUUUGGCUUCUGGCUUGGGAUGACAAGUGCCCCUGUGGGAUACACAGCCCCAGGCCUCAUCGGUCACUCGGCUUCCCUCUGGUUCCGCCGGCUGGCCCGGGCGUCCUUGGCCGGGGCAGGAGCACCGCUGCGCGCAGGGCACGGAGCCUCGGCCGCCGAGUUUUCGGUUUCCAAGUUUCCUUCCCAGGCCUCUCCCACUUCCUCUUCCCACCAGUGCCCGCCCGCCCGCAAAGUCCGGGUUGUGAGGCUGCGCCUCCCGCAGGAUCGCGGCCGCCUCCCCCCGGGACUGAAGGGAGGGAAUUCCUGUGGGUCUCAGGAGUGCCAAGAGUGCGCAGCAAGACGGGAAAUUGCAAAAGACCUCACCCCUCUGCCCUCCCCCGCGGUUUUCCAGUAACUCCCGCCCCUCCGCGCUUGCCCCGCAGCUGAUUCAUAGCCCCGGCCCGGGCCGUCUCUGCACGUCCGCCCCGGCGCCCGCACCCGCGCCCCACGCGCCGCCGAGGACUCGGCCCGGCUCGUGGAGCCCUUCGCCCGCGGCGUGAGUACCCCCGACCCGCCCGUCCCCGCUCUGCUCGCGCCCUGCCGCUGCGCCGCCCUCGGCGGCUUUUCCGACGGGCGAGCCCGGUGCUGCGCGGGAAAGAAUCCGACAACUUCGCAGCCCUUCCCGGCUGGACGCGACCGGGAGUGCAGCCGCCCGUUCCCCUCCUCGGUGCCGCCUCUGCCCAGCGUUUGCCUUGGCUGGGCUACCACCUGCGCUCGGACGGCGCUCGGAGGGUCCUCGCCCCCGGCCCGCCUACCUGAAAACCAGAACUGAUGGCUCUAUUUGCAGUCUUUCCGACAACAUUCUUCUUAACAUUGCUGUCCUUGAGGACUUACCAGAGUGAAGUCUCGGCUGAACGUUUACCAUUGACUCCUGUAUCACUUAAAGUUUCCACCAAUUCUACACAUCAGAGUUUGCAUUUACAAUGGACUGUCCACAACCUUCCUUAUCAUCAGGAAUUGAAAAUGGUGUUUCAGAUCCAGAUCAGUAGGAUUGAAACAUCCAAUGUCAUCUGGGUGGGGAAUUACAGCACCACUGUGAAGUGGAACCAGGUUCUGCAUUGGAGCUGGGAAUCCGAGCUCCCUUUGGAAUGUGCCACACACUUUGUAAGAAUAAAGAGUGUGGUGGACGAUGCCAAGUUCCCUGAGCCAAAUUUCUGGAGCAACUGGAGUUCCUGGGAGGAAGUCAGUGUACAAGAUUCUUUUGGACAGGAUAUAUUGUUCGUUUUCCCUAAAGAUAAGCUGGUGGAAGAAGGCUCCAAUGUUACCAUUUGUUACGUUUCUAGGAACAUUCAAAAUAAUGUAUCCUGUUAUUUGGAAGGGAAACAGAUUCAUGGAGAACAACUUGAUCCACAUGUAACUUCAUUCAACUUGAGUAGUGUGCCUUUCAUUAGGAAUAAAGGGACAAAUAUCUAUUGUGAGGCAAGUCAAGGAAAUGUCAGUAAAGGCAUAAAAGGCAUCGUUCUUUUUGUCUCAAAAGUACUUGAGGAGCCCAAGAACUUUUCUUGUGAAACCCAGGACUUCAAGACUUUGCACUGUACUUGGGAUCCUGGGACAGACACUGCCUUGGGGUGGUUUAAACAACCUUCCCAAAGCUACACUUUAUUUGAAUCAUUUUCUGGGGAAAAGAAACUUUGUACACACAAAAACUGGUGUAAUUGGCAAAUAACUCAAGACUCAGAAGAAACUUAUAACUUCACACUCAUAGCUGAAAAUUACUUAAGGAAGAGAAGUGUCAAUAUCCUUUUUAACCUGACUCAUCGAGUUUAUUUAAUGAAUCCUUUUAGUGUCAACUUUGAAAAUGUAAAUGCCACAAAUGCCAUCAUGACCUGGAAGGUGCAUUCCAUGAGGAAUAAUUUCACAUAUUUGUGUCAGAUUGAACUCCAUGGUGAAGGAAAAAUGAUGCAACAGUACAAUGUUUCCAUCAAGGUGAACGGUGAGUACUUCUUAAGUGAACUGGAACCUGCCACAGAGUACAUGGCGCGAGUACGCUGUGCUGAUGCCAGCCACUUCUGGAAAUGGAGUGAAUGGAGUCGUCAAAACUUCACCACACUUGAAGCUGCUCCCUCAGAGGCCCCUGAUGUCUGGAGAAUUGUGAACUUGGAGCCAGGAAAUCAUACUGUGACCUUAUUCUGGAAGCCAUUAUCAAAACUGCAUGCCAAUGGAAAGAUCCUGUUCUAUAAUGUAGUUGUAGAAAACCUAGACAAACCAUCCAGGUCAGAGCUCCAUUCCAUUCCGGCACCGGCCAACAGCACAAAACUAAUCCUCGACAGGUGUUCCUACCAAAUCUGUGUCACAGCCAACAACAGUGUGGGUGCUUCUCCUGCUUCUGUAAUAGUCAUCUCUGCAGACCCUGAAAGCAAAGAUGUUGAGGAAGAAAGAAUUGCAGGCACAGAGGGUGGAUUCUCUCUGUCUUGGAAACCCCAACCUGGAGAUGUUACAGGCUAUGUUGUGGACUGGUGUGACCAUACCCAGGAUGUGCUCGGUGAUUUCCAGUGGAAGAAUGUAGGUCCCAAUACUACAAGCACAGUCAUUAGCACAGAUGCUUUUAGGCCAGGAGUUCGAUACGACUUCAGAAUUUAUGGGUUAUCUACAAAAAGGAUUGCUUGUUUAUUAGAGAAAAAAACAGGAUACUCUCAGGAACUUGCUCCUUCAGACAACCCUCACGUGCUGGUGGAUACGUUGACAUCCCACUCCUUCACUCUGAGUUGGAAAGAUUACUCUACUGAAUCUCAACCUGGUUUUAUACAAGGGUACCAUGUCUAUCUGAAAUCCAAGGCGAGGCAGUGCCACCCACGAUUUGAAAAGGCAGUUCUUUCAGAUGGUUCAGAAUGUUGCAAAUACAAAAUUGACAACCCGGAAGAAAAGGCAUUGAUUGUGGACAACCUAAAGCCGGAAUCCUUCUAUGAGUUUUUCGUCACACCAUUCACUAGUGCUGGUGAAGGCCCCAAUGCUACGUUCACGAAGGUCACGACUCCGGAUGAACACUCCGCGAUGCUGAUUCAUAUCCUACUGCCCAUGGUUUUCUGCGUCUUGCUCAUCAUGGUCAUGUGCUACUUGAAAAGUCAGUGGAUCAAGGAGACCUGUUAUCCUGACAUCCCUGACCCUUACAAGAGCAGCAUCCUGUCAUUAAUAAAAUUCAAGCCAUGAAACAGGUGAUUGGAGCUGUGAUUUCUUCUGUCAGGGGAAAUCUUUUGGUUUUCAACAUCACCUCCAGGUUACUUGUGACCAGGAAGAAACAUGAACAACGUUGAAGCUCUAAGUGUAUUUCACGUGCUUAAUAUACUUUGAUGCAUGCAUGCACGCACACAAAUGUCUAUAUUUACAUAUUUUUGUUUCCUUUCUAGGAGAACCCUCACCUAACAAUAAUGAAUGUCAGUGACUGUAUCCCAGAUGCUAUUGAAGUUGUAAGCAAGCCAGAAGGGACAAAGAUACAGUUCCUAGGCACUAGGAAGUCACUCACAGAAACUGAGUUGACUAAGCCCAACUACCUUUAUCUCCUUCCAACAGAAAAGAAUCACUCUGGCCCUGGCCCCUGCAUCUGUUUUGAGAACUUGACCUAUAACCAGGCAGCUUCUGACUCUGGCUCUUGUGGCCAUGUUCCAGUACCCCCAAAAGCCCCAAGUAUGCUGGGACUAAUGACCUCACCUGAAAAUGUACUAAAGGCACUAGAAAAAAACUACAUGAACUCCCUGGGAGAAAUCCCAGCUGGAGAAACAAGUUUGAAUUAUGUGUCCCAGUUGGCUUCACCCAUGUUUGGAGACAAGGACAGUCUCCCAACAAACCCAGUAGAACCACCACACUGUUCAGAGUAUAAAAUGCAAAUGGCAGUCCCCCUGCGUCUUGCCUUGCCUCCCCCGACCGAGAAUAGCAGCCUCUCCUCAAUUACCCUUUUAGAUCCAGGUGAACACUACCGCUAACCAGCAUGCCGAUUUCAUAUCUUAUGCUACACAGACGUUAAGAAGAGCAGAGCUGGUACCCUCUCAUCACCAGUGGCCUUGGUCCUUAAUCCCAGUACGAUUUGCAGGUCUGGUUUAUAUAAGACCACUACAGUCUGGCUAGGUUAAAGGCCAGAAGCUAUGGAACUUAACACUCCCCAUUGGAGCAGGCUUGCCCUAGAGAUGGCAGGAUCAUGGGCGCAUGCUUACCUUCUGCUGUUUGUUCCAGGCUCACCUUUAGAACAGGAGACUUGAGCUUGACAUAAGGAUAUGCAUUAACCACUCUACAGACUCCCACUCAGUACUGUACAGGGUGGCUGUGGUCCUAGAAGUUCAGUUUUUACUGAGGAAAUAUUUCCAUUAACAGCAAUUAUUAUAUUGAAGGCUUUACUAAAGGCCACAGGAGACAUUACUAUAGCAUAGAUUGUCAAUGUAAAUUUACUGAGCGUGUUUUAUAAAAAACUCACAGGUGUUUGAGGCCAAAACAGAUUUUAGACUGACCUUGAAGGGAUAAGAAUCUAUAGUUCACUGACACAGUAAAAUUAACUCUGUGGGUGGGGGCGGGGGGCAUAGAUCUAAUCUAAUACGUAAAAUGUGUGAUGAAUCAACAAGAUUUCCACAAUCCUUCUGUCAAGCUUACUACAGUGAAAGAACGGGAUUGGCAAGUAACUUCUGACUUACUGUCAGUUGUACUUCUGCUCCAUAGACAUCAGUAUUCUACCAUCAUUUUUGGUGACUACCUCAAAACAUAAAAAGGAAAGUAUAUCACAUAAUUCCAUUCACAGUUUUUGGUUCCUCUUUUCUUUCAAGAACUAUAUAUAAAUGACCUGUUUUCACUUAGCAUCCUUUGGACUCUGCAGUAGGUUGUUUGGGUCAAGAUAACUCUCAGUCACAUUUAUAUUCAUAUUAUGCUAAAAUAGUAAAAUGAAACCUCAUUGUUGGACAUAAUUUAGAUAUAACUAAAAAGUUCUAUGGAGUGGGAAAUUCCGUGUUGGCUCUGGAGCAACUUUGUCUCCUCUGAACCAAUAUAUUCCAAACCAAUAUAUGCAAAGCACCUGGUACGCAACUGGUAUUUUAGUACAUGUUGGUCCUUUUGGUGCAAUCUCAGCUCACUGCAGCUUCUGCCUCCUAGAUUCAAACAGUUCUCCUGCCCCAGCCUCUGGAGCACCUAGUAGGACUCCAGGUGCAUGCUACCACACCUGACUAGUUUUUAUAUUUUUAGUAGAGAUUGGGUUUUACCAUAUUGGCCAGGCUGGUCUCAAACUCCUGACCUCAGGUGAUCCACCUGCCUCGGCUUCCCCAAGGGCUGGGAUUACAGGUGUGAGCCACCAUGCCCAGCCUAUUUGUCACAUUAUUUGUCACAUUUAUUUUACUUUUAUUUUUUGAGACGAAAUUUCACUCUUGUUGCCCAGGCUGGAGUGCAAUGGUGCAGCCUUGGCUCACUGCAACCUCCGCCUCCCAGGGUCAAGCAAUUCUGCUGCCUCAGCCUCCUGAGUAGCUGGGAUUACAGGCAUGCACCACCACACCCAGCUAAUUUUGUAUCUUUACUAGAGAUGGGGUUUCACCAUGUUGGUCAGGCUGGUUUCGAACUCCUGACCUCAGGUGAUCUGCCUGCCUUGGCCUCCCAAAGUGCUGGGAUUACAGGCGUGAGCCACUGCACCUAGCCGUCACAUUUCUAAACAAGCAUGAAAGGGGUUCCUUUUUGUCUUGCCUGCCGUCAGCAUGGUGGAAAUGGCUCUGCCUAUGCUCAUGCCUCUGGUGCCCAAUGCCUUGCGCUGUGCCAUUCAACACUAUGAAGACAAACAAGUAGCCACACCUCAAAAUAAUGUGGCUGUCAACUGGCCUAAAUAAACCUACACAAACCAGUAAUUGCCUUUUGCUGGAAACAUUGAUUAUGUGCUCCUCACGUAGUAGAAAGCGGUAUCCUGAUUAGUCUAACAGUUGUGUUAGACUUUAGGGCCAGUAUUGUCAGCAUUUAUUUAUUUAUGUACCUUUGUUAUGAUGGGAUUAUAUUUUUCAUUUGAAACUUGUUCACAAAAAUGUCAAUGACAUUGAUGACUGAUUUGUACAUAUUUUUCAUAUAGUUUUGUUUAAAAAAUAAUUCACACAAAAGCUUGAAGUCAUUUUUGCUAUUGAAAUAAACCUUAAUUAAAAUA